UUUCACCGAACCAAUUUCAGCUCUCAUCCGCUCCCGCCCGUUGUUCUUCGCUGCUGCUGCAACUCUCCCAGUGAAUUCAAAAAGAAAAUCGGAGAAAUCGGUUCUGGAAUUUUCAGUGGUUUUUUGUUACAAUCUCAAUCUGUUCUUCGUUGCUUGUUAAUUGCUCUCAAUCUUGUCUUUGAAGGGAAACGAUUACGGCUGGUAAAUUGCGAUUCGUUUAUUUCAUGUACUCAAGUCGCUAAUGAAAACUAGCUUCCUGUAAUGGCGCUCUCACCGUAUUUGUCAGUGCCGAAUCCGUUCAAAACUUCUACGACGUUUCAGAAACGGUAUUUAGAGUGUCAACAACUUCCAUUUCUUUCCAAACUUUCCAAUUUCAGUGUUCGCCGUAGAUUUUUCUCAGAUGACUGGAGCUUGUCCUCCGACGUUGCGAAGUGCAGAGCGAAGCCGAAGGAUCUUGUUCUUGGAAAUCCGUCGGUAAUUGUUGAGAAAGGGAAGUAUAGUUAUGACGUUGAAACCCUAAUUAAUAAGCUCAGUAGCCUCCCGCCACGAGGUAGCAUAGCUCGUUGUCUCGAUAUCUUCAAGAAUAGGCUUUCGCUUAAUGACUUCAGUUUGGUUUUCAAGGAAUUCGCGGCGCGCGGGGACUGGCAACGAUCGUUACGCCUGUUCAAAUACAUGCAGCGACAGAUAUGGUGCAAGCCGAACGAGCACAUCUAUACUAUCAUGAUCAGUUUGCUCGGCCGCGAAGGAUUGCUCGAGAAAUGUAGUGAGAUAUUCGAUGAAAUGGCGAGCCAGGGCGUGAUACGUAGCGUUUUUUCUUAUACCGCUUUGAUAAAUGCCUACGGGCGCAAUGGUCAGUACGAAACCUCACUUGAACUUCUUGAAAGGAUGAAAAGAGAGAGAGUUUCACCUAAUAUAUUGACUUACAAUACCGUGAUAAAUGCUUGUGCUAGAGGUGAUUUGGAUUGGGAGGGAUUGUUGGGAUUGUUUGCCGAGAUGAGGCAUGAAGGGGUUCAACCUGAUCUGGUUACUUAUAAUACUUUGCUUAGUGCAUGUGCUGCUCGCGGUUUAGGCGAUGAGGCAGAGAUGGUCUUCAAGACUAUGGUAGAGGGAGGGAUAGUACCUGAGAUAACAACAUAUAGUUAUAUUGUCGAAACAUUUGGAAAAUUGGGUAAGCUUGAGAAAGUUGCUAUGCUGCUAAAAGAAAUGGAGUCCGAAGGGUAUUUGCCUGAUAUAUCAUCCUACAAUGUGUUAAUAGAGGCACAUGCAAAAUCAGGGUCGAUUAAAGAGGCAAUGGACGUGUUUAAACAGAUGCAAGCAGCAGGAUGUGUGCCAAAUGCAUCCACUUAUAGUAUUCUGUUGAAUUUAUAUGGGAAACAUGGGAGGUAUGAUGAUGUACGAGAGCUUUUUCUUGAAAUGAAAGAGAGUAGUGCUGAGCCAGAUGCAACUACUUACAACAUUCUCAUACGAGUAUUUGGAGAGGGUGGAUACUUUAAGGAGGUUGUAACUCUGUUUCAUGAUUUGGUGGAGGAGAAGAUUGACCCAAAUAUGGAGACAUAUGAGGGGUUAGUAUAUGCUUGUGGAAAGGGAGGGCUGCAUGAGGAUGCCAAGAAAAUUAUACGUCACAUGAAUGAGAAAGGAAUGGUUCCAAGUUCUAAAGCAUAUAGUGGACUGAUUGAAGCAUACGGACAGGCUGCAUUGUAUGAUGAAGCUCUUGUUGCCUUUAACACAAUGAACGAAGUGGGAAGUAAGUCAACUGUUGAUACCUACAAUUCGCUAAUUCACACAUUUGCUAGAGGUGGACUAUACAAGGAGUUUGAAGCAAUCUUAUUGAGAAUGAGAGAACAUGGUAUUUCAAGGAAUGCAAAGUCAUUUAGUGGUAUUAUUGAAGGUUAUAGGCAAAGUGGUCAGUUUGAAGAAGCUAUAAAGGCCUUUGUUGAGAUGGAAAAAAUGAGAUUUGAACCUGAUGAGCAGACCCUUGAGGCAGUUUUAGGUGUUUAUUGCUUUGCAGGUCUUGUGGAUGAGAGCAAAGAGCAGUUUCAUGAAAUUAAAGCUUCAGGAAUAUUGCCUAAUGUAUUGUGCUACUGCAUGAUGCUGGCAGUUUAUGCCAAGAAUGGCAGGUGGGAUGAUGCCUAUGAAUUACUUGAUGAGAUGAUUAAAAACAGGGUGUCUAGUAUUCAUCAAGUCAUUGGCCAGAUGAUCAAGGGAGAUUACGAUGAUGAUUCUAAUUGGCAGAUGGUUGAGUAUGUUUUUGACAAACUUAACGCUGAAGGUUGUGGAUUGGGAAUGAGAUUUUACAAUACACUGCUAGAAGCACUUUGGUGGCUUGGCCAGAAAGGACGUGCUGCAAGGGUUCUCACUGAAGCAACAAAACGAGGCCUUUUCCCUGAACUUUUCCGCAAAAGAAAACUUGUGUGGUCUGUGGAUGUGCACAGAAUGUGGGAAGGCAGUGCAUAUACUGCACUAUCACUUUGGGUCAACAAAAUGAAUGAAAUGCUUAUGGAUGGGGAGGAUCUCCCUCAGCUUGCAGCUGUUGUAGUUGGCAGGGGGUGGUUGGAGAAAGACUCAACCGCACAAAACUUGCCUAUCGCGAGGGCUGUCUAUUCAUUCCUGCAGGAUAAUGUGUCGUCGUCCUUUUCGUUUCCUGGGUGGAACAAUGGUCGAAUCGUCUGCCAACAAUCUCAACUAAAGCAGCUCCUCUCAAACGCAGAAGCAUCAUCUAGUGAAAUUAUUACCCUAAAUAAUUCCCCACUAAAUCUUCCAGAAGCAAAGAUAUCCAGAUCUGGUAUAAACAAUGACAAAUACAAAGAUGUUGAUUCUAAAUCAAGUAACAGGACAGGAACUGAGCUUCUGACUACAACUAUUUGAAUGAAAUACAAGGUUGAAAAAUCUAGUUUUCAAGUUCUGAAACUCAUCACCUUCCAUUUUUAUUGGAAGGAUGUGAUCCAUGGGGCUCUUCGACUUCGAAAAAACUUACCAAAUGACAAUCUCACAGCGUUCAGAUGGUGACACAGUUUUCUUGCGACCUGCUUGCGAUGAUUCACAUAUAAAAGGCCAAUUUGAUCGAUUCAAGGAAGAAGAUGCAUGCCCAACCCAAAUAAGAGGUCAGUGUUUUUGUAGCUUUAGAAUUAAUAUUCUUUACUGGAAAAAGGAAAAGCUGUUUGUUAGUAAUUGUUAGACCAGCAGUUUAAAUCUCUGUGAACUAAUCAGGGAGAUGUAUUAUCUUCUAGAUUUGGAAUUCCGCAACUAUGAAUAGAAAAUUUGGAGGAUUAGCAAAGUGCCUUCACCUU